AUGGAGGACCACACGACGACUCAAGAUACUUUGAAAAACUAUGGGAUUCUUGCAAAAGAUGAAGAGCGGGAAAAGGUGAAAGACUUUGUCUACAAGCAUUUCAAAGAAGUCACGGAUCAACCUGUUCUGAUGGAACAAGGGAGUGCCCGAAACAACCGACCAGUGCGGAACAGAGGCCAUAGAGUUCAGCAAGGCGCGUUCUUCUCCGGGAAGAUCCUCAGUUUCGGAUGCUCUAUUUGUAAAGAUUGUUUUACUUACAGCCCCAACGACUUGCUGAAACAUUUCCGAUUAGCCCACAGGGGGGCCCUUCCCACUUACCCAUGUGACCUGUGCGGGUUUGUCACCAAUGAGUUCUCUGUCCUGCAGCGCCACCGGAUUGAACACAGGAACACGCUGGUGACCUGCGAGCUCUGCCAGGACGAUGUUCAGUACUCUCUGCUGCUCCUGACCAGACACUACACCAUGUGCCACAGCAUAAAUGGACACUUCACGUGCGACUGGUGCCACUUCUCCACUGUAGAUGCAGGAACAUUUGUGCAGCACAUCCAUCACCACAAAGAGACUUCUUGGAGGUGUUCAAAGUGUUCUCAUAUGAGCACAAGUGAAGUGGAGCACCAAAAGCAUUUGAAGGGGCACUCUGGAUCCUCUCCUGAUCCUCACAGCAGUUCACUCGAGAUUGAGGCUGAAGGAAAAGAGUCUCCAGAGCUAAGGUUAAGGUUGAGUCCAGAUGUUGAGGCGGUCAGAGUGGACGAUACGCAGUGCUUUCUGUUGUCCUCUAACAAUCCCACUACUGGGAUAAAGAAGUUCAUUGCAGUCCAAAACUCACAGAACAUUGUCACACAGAACAGUGUUCUACAGUCUGCAGUGAAGGUCCAUCAAAGUGAAGCUGAUAAACAUAUACGAGCCCCUCGUCCCAUUCGACCUCCGAGUCAACGAAAGAGACGCCGGAAACUGCUGUUCGACGAACUGCCAGCGACGAGCCAUAAGGUCCGAAAGCUUUCCAAUAAGGCUUUGCCGGAGAAGGAGCCUGUUGUUCUGUGGAGCCCUGUAGCCAAAGACAAAGAAAGGACUCUGAGACUUUGUCCUCUGAGUUCGGAUCAGCAGAUUAAAUGGCCUCGAAGAUGCCAGCCUGUCGUGGUGCUCAAUCAUCCGGAUGUGGACAUUCCUGAGGUGGCCAGCCUCAUGCAAGUGGUUCAGAGGCACCAAGGAGCGGUCACUAAAGUGAGCCUCUCCCAAAAGACAAUCCAAGCGCUCUCUGAUCAUGCAGCCAGUAAAUCCUCAACCAAAGAUCUAUCAUCUCAACCACGCACAGCACAGAGCUCGGUCUGUGAGAGAUAUCUGCUGAGGCUAAAGUUGAAGAGGAAAAGCAGAAAGAAGUAUCAGCUUGUGCGGACUGUUCCGGACACGCAGCCGUCUGUAGAGUUUACCUGUUGGUUCUGUGGCCGCCACUUUAACAGUCAGGAAGCCUGGAUCGGCCACGGCCAACGCCAUCUGUUGGAAUCCACACGAGACUGGCACACACUAGAGGCAGGGUCAGGCUCAGCACAGGCCCAGGGCAGACUCAGUCUCAGGCCAGGCUCGGGCCCAGACUUAGGGCAGACUCAGUCCCAGGGCAGGAUCAGGCCCAGGGCAGACCCAGACUCAGUCCCAGGGCAGGCUCAGGCCCAGGGCAGACCCAGGCUCAGGCCCAGGGCAGGCUCGGGCCCAGACUCAGGCCCAGACUCAGGCCCAGGGCAGGCUCGGGCCCAGGCUCGGGCCCAGACUCAGGCCCAGGGCAGGCUCGGGCCCAGACUUAGGGCAGACUCAGUCCCAGGGCAGGCUCAGGCCCAGGGCAGGCUCGGGCCCAGACUCAGGCCCAGGGCAGGCUCGGGCCCAGACUCAGGGCAGACUCAGUCCCAGGGCAGGCUCAGGCCCAGGACAGACCCAGACUCAGGGCAGACUCAGUCCCAGGGCAGGCUCAGGCCCAGGACAGGCUCGGGCCCAGACUCAGGCCCAGGGCAGGCUCGGGCCCAGACUCAGGGCAGACUCAGUCCCAGGGCAGGCUCAGGCCCAGGACAGACCCAGACUCAGGGCAGACUCAGCCCAGGGCAGACUCAGACCCAGACUCAGGGCAGACUCAGGCCCAGGGCAGACUCAGACCCAGACUCAGGGCAGACUCAGGCCCAGGGCAGACUAAGACCCAGACUCAGGGCAGACUCAGGCCCAGGGCAGACCCAGACCCAGGGUAGACUCAGGCUCGGUGCAGACUCAGGCCCAGGGCAGACUCAGGCUCGGUGCAGACUCAGGCCCAGGGCAGACUCAGGCUCGGUGCAGACUCAGGCCCAGGGCAGACUCAGGCUCGGUGCAGACUCAGGCCCAGGGCAGACUCAGGCUCGGUGCAGACUCAGGCCCAGGGCAGACUAA